UAAGACAUCCCAGUGGUGUUUUCAUUUUUUGGCUUUUCAUUUUAUGGCUUCCAAAAUAACGUGUUUCUGACUUUCAAAACAAUGACAACCAACGCUCCAGAAGUUGAGAACUUGACAAGCAUGGAAGAUAUAACAGAGCCAGAGGAUGCACAUUUUCCAAAGAAACCUGAAAAACUGUCUGUGUUUGGGUAUGUGACAUCAGAAUUGACAAGAGGAUAUAUGCUGGAGCGAGAUAAGGUCAAUUUUACCGAGCGACGCCAGAGAGUCUACACAAUUAUGAAAACUCCAAGAGAGUUAGAAAAGUUCAUCGUGUUUGGGUUUUUCCAAUUAGUGGAUGCUUUUCUAUUCUUGUUCACAUUCCUGCCUUUGAGAAUUGUCCUUGCCUUGUUGAAGAUUAUCACACAUCCUUGUGGCUUCCUCAUGCCAAAGUCUCCAAAGGUUUUAGAACCAGCUCAAAUUUGUGAUAUAUUGAAAGGUAUCAUCCUUCUAGUAUCAUUCUUCAUCAUCAACUAUAUUGACACAUCUAUGAUGUACCAUUUGGUACGAGGCCAGGCCAUCGUCAAACUCUACGUCUUUUUCAAUAUGCUUGAUAUGGCUGACCGCCUAUUCUCCAGUUUUGGCCAGGACAUAUUGGAUUCACUUUACUGGACAGCCAUGGAACCCCGGGACAAGAAACGUCAGCAUUUUGGAGUGAUUCCCCAUCUUCUAUUGGCUAUCUUGUAUGUCAUUAUACAUUGUUUGCUGAUCCUGUUCCAAGCCACGGUGCUCAACGUUGCCUUCAACUCACACAAUAAAGCUCUCCUUACCAUCAUGAUGUCAAACAAUUUUGUAGAAAUUAAGGGCAGCUUGUUUAGGAAGAUAGACAAGGAGUUAUUGUACCACAUCUCCUGUAGUGAUGUCAAGGAGCGCUUCCAUUACACCAUACUGCUGGCCGUCGUCUUCAUUCGCAACAUGACUGAGUUCAACUGGAACAUAGAACAUGUGUGGGUGAUCAUCCCUGAUGCCGUGAUUGUGUUGUGUGCUGAGCUCUGUGUGGACUGGGUCAAACAUGCGUUUAUCCUCAAGUUCAAUGAAAUGCCUGCUGAUAUUUAUCACACGUACAAAGUGCGGCUAUCUGAGGAUAUGAUCUCCAACCGACAAAGUAGGGCGUACAUAGACUACUCGGACAUGGUGGCGAGAAGAAUGGGCUUCACACCUCUACCCCUGGCUUGUCUCCUUGUUAGGAUCUGUACAAAGUCGUUCAAGGUCACUGGCACUACUGGUGCUCUUGUUGUCUUCCUCCUGUUUUUAUGUCUGAUAACCUUCAAGAUCUUGAACAGCAUAAUCCUGUUGGGCCAAGCUACUGAGAUGACGGCCGACCCCGGGAGUAAAGCGCCCGAGGAUAAGUCCAUGUACAAGGAUGUUCCCCCCUCAUCUCCCAUACACAGGUCUAAGUCAGACCAACACUUACAGAUCUCCCACACAGGAGAGUUCUCCUCCACAGACACCAUCUCUGCUGACAAUCAGAAGGAAAUGGAUCAUUCCUGUGGCAAAACUUCACGUAGUAAAAGUGAGACAGAUAUCACCAUUUGUGCUUCACAUGAAAAGCAGUCAUCGUUCCAAAUUGAAACCAUGUCAGUAUCUUUAAAUAAAAAUGUGACUUUCUCCGAAGGGUUUGUAGACCCUGAUAAAACCACUAUAGAUAAAACAGAUUCAGAAGGAGAGACUGUUCUAAGUGAGAAAAGGUACAGCUCAAAACAUGAUGAAAAAAUCUUUCCAUCCUUUAAUUUUGGUGAAAUAAAACAAAGAAACGUUUCAAAGGACUGAUAAGUGAAAUAUGGUUAUUGUUGAUAGUUAAAUUAUUGUACACCUGGACCACUAUUAAACUCUAUAGAGUUUGUCGCAACAGUGACCGGUAACAUUUUAUGUGUUUGUUUUCUUCUGCUAGCAGCUACUGUUUAUUGAUAAUGCUAGGGCCAUAUUGUUUGUCAAAGAGCAGAAACUGGUAAUUGUGGAAAAAUGAUUUUUUUCAAAAGAAAAUAUUACCUUUGUGAUGGAGUACUUUGUGAUGGAGCAGUUAAAAUCAAGCUAGGAAUCGUGGGAAUCAAGAUGUUUCAGAACGACUUGGGAUGAAAUAAUAAAUUAUCUGAUAAAUAGCUCCAAAGUAUCCAUCAAUUGUUUUGAGUGCCAAGUACUAUAUUUUAUAUGGUGUUAAUGCUUUCAUAUAGGUGCCUGUCAGCCUUGUGACAUCUCAGAAAUAGUCAAUCUACCAUAAACCUACAAACACUGUAGACAGAGGGGCUACAGAGGCCUAGUGGUUAAGGCGUCGGACAUUCUGCUACCACUAGCCCUACACCACUGGGUCGCGGUGG